AUGCGAUGUGGCAAGUGUUGGGCAUCUUCGGAGCAACGACGGAGUCAAGCAUCAUCAUCAUGGCGAAGCUUGGAGAACGAAAGGGCGUGGUUCUCUCUGCGGUUCUCGCAACAAAAGAAAUCCCGCGGUGUCAGCAAUGGUGGUUCCGUAGGCGCGACUCCGCACGUGGUGUUUGUUCUGGGAGGGCCUGGGUCCGGCAAGGGCACGCAGUGCGCGCUCAUAGCGGAAGAGGAGGCCCUCGGUUACGCCCACUUGUCCGCCGGAGACCUCCUGCGGGCGGAGAGGAACUCGGGGUCGGAGCUCGCCGGCAUGAUCAACGAGUUCAUCCGGGAAGGCAAGAUCGUCCCCGCCGAGGUAACCGUGGGCCUCCUCCGCAAGGCCAUGGAAAAAUCGGGGAAAUCUCGCUUCCUGAUCGAUGGCUUCCCACGCAACCCGGACAACCUGGCCGCUUGGGAGGCGUCGACGGCGGGGGGGGCUGUCGUCGUCGACUUCGCACUUUUUUUGGACUGCCCGGAAGAGAUCAUGACGGAGCGCAUCAUGGAGCGUGGCAGAAGCAGCGGGCGCAUCGACGACAACGAGGAGGCCAUCCGAAAGCGACUCGUAACGUACCGGGAAUCUACGAUGCCCAUCAUCAAGGAGUUCGAGGCCAGAGGGAAACUGCGAGAAGUUAACUCCGACCAAACCAUAGAGGAGGUGGCCGUCGAAGUGCGGAGGCACAUCUCAGCCAUCGCUUAACACGAUUGUUUUGGCGCUGUUGCUGGUGUCGAGACUACUAGAUACUACUGCAGGGGCGCCCGUUCCCUUUUGAGGAAGAAUUUUGCAGCACACACCGUUCGUGUGGUUCUUUUUGAGCGCGGGGGGGGUUCGUGCCGGUAGGACAACUACACUGCUGUUGAGGGCUGGUUCUUAGCAUAGUAGCGCAGAGUAGAAGUGUCAGCACUUUGUAUCAUUGGUCGAGAAAUAAUUUUUGCGCACCAACUGGUGGAGAUGGUCAUGUACCAAGCCGGAUCUAUCUAUGCUUAGUUCCGCCCGUUUUUCCCGCAAGGUUCGAGCGUGAUUCGCACCGCGUACGCAUGAACUGCUGGUUUCAAUCUUAUAAGCCCUCGCAAAGUAGCAAACUUGGAUGAUCAUGGCUUUUGCAGCCAAAGGCAAUGAGGCAUUUCAUUC